AUGAUGUACAAGGCUGUGUGUCUGGUGGCUAUUUUCCUGUUCUGCUCUGUCAGAGCUGAGGAGGUAAUGUUGUCUGUUGGUGAGCUGUUGGAGAGAGCCAACAGAAACGUUGUUCGUGGCCCCGAUGAGCCGAAUGUUAUUGAAGACAUUGCUGUAGUCAACAGUGAAAGGAAUGCUGACCCCUGCACUUCUCAGAGCUGCAAGUGGCCCAAGUCCAGUGAUGGCAAGGUGUAUGUGCCAUACGUCAUCGUCAACCACUUCACUUCCCGGGAGCUGCAGGUGAUCCAGCGUGGCCUGGACUCCUUCUCCUCCGUCUCCUGCAUCCGCUUCACACCACGCUCCAACCAGAGGGAUUACGUCAGCAUCGAGUCUCGCAGCGGAUGCUACUCAUACGUCGGGCGCAUUGGAAAUGCCCAGACCGUCUCUCUGGAUCGCAACGGCUGCAUCUACCACAACACCGUCCAGCACGAGCUGCUCCACGCUCUGGGCUUCAACCACGAGCAGACCCGCAGUGACCGCGACAACCACAUCCGUGUCGUCUGGGACAACAUCAUUGACAACAUGAAGCACAACUUCAACAAGAUCAACACCCUGAACCAGGGAACUGCCUAUGACUACAACUCCGUCAUGCAGUACCACAGGACUGCUUUCUCCAAGAAUGGUCAAGCCACCAUGGUCCCCAUCCCCAACUCCAACGUGUCUUUUGGCCAGGCUACCCAGAUGAGCCAAAAUGACAUCACUAGGAUCAACAGACUCUACGGGUGCUAAACAGAAGACCUCCCUCAUCCACUGCUCAGUCACAGCAGGAGAAGACCAAUGGCAAACUGCCGUCACUGCAUGUUAGUGAUCCACCAAUGCAGGGUUAUUUGACAGAAUAUCUGUUUUAAGAACUGAGCCUUAAAAUAAAUAAACACUCAACAUUCACUCA